AUGGCUUCUUCUAAGCAGGUUCAGGUCACAGCUUGUAUUCUAUGGCUUCUGUUCCUCACACUUCCAUGUUCUUCUUCCACUGAAUCACUCUAUCAGCAUUCUUUGGUUGUUGGUGAAAAUGCUACUUUAGGAUUGUCUCAUGUGAAGGUGAAGAUAUCAACAACAUCAAGAUUUCAGACUUUUGAGGUUUGUUUCCAUAGAAAUACGUCCCGUGGGAUAGGAAUGUGCCCUGACAGCCAGUGGGAGAAAGUUUCCAAGGGGUCCUGGUCUGGGUCCAUGUCACCUUUUGAGCACAAACUCUUGGAUAUACGAACAGCUGGUUCAUCCUUACAGAAUUUUGAAGUGUUCAUUAACGAAGAAUUUUUCUUAUCUCGCUUAAUAUUUUUUGUAAUGAAGCUUCUCCCAACUGGUCUGAAGAAUUCACUUGCAAUUUUCGUCUUGUCAUCUGUGGUUGGUUUGGGAUCUUUUCUCCUCCGCUACAUCCCAGGACUACUAAGUUCAGUACUCACAGAGCUUGGAAUUAGUGAGGAUAUGUAUAAUGUUUUGGCCAUAUUUCUUCUGGCUUUUGUUUUUCUGGCUGGAGCAUGGUUGGGAUUCUGGACAGUUCGUAAAAUGGCCUUGAACGAAGAUGGAUCAAUUGAUUCUAGCACAUCUCUGUUUGUUUUGUGGACCAUUCGCUUCGUAGCUGUUAUUUUUCUUUCACAGAGUUCCAGCGAUCAACUACUGGCAGCAGGAGCUAUAAUGGUACCUUUAGUCCCUUUUAUAGUGAGGAAAAUUGCCAUUAUACUCGGAACUUUAGUCCCUUUAAUCAGGAAAAUCACUAUAUCCUUUGGACCUAUAGUCGUUUUCAUAGCGAGGACAUUCACUAUAGUAUGUGGAUGCAUAAUCUCUUCAGCAAGGGAAAUCUUUAGAUGGAUCCGUGGUCGUCACAUGUACAGGAAAUUGUUGAGAUCACCCAAAAAGAAGAGCAGAAGAUUAGAGAUUCCUGAUUCUUCACCUUCUGAAUGUGCUCCUAAUGAAGUCGUUAACGAGUUUCAGAGCAAUGAGGACUAUAAGCUACCGAGGCCUGGUUCCAGAAACUCUACCUCGUCUUCACGCAUUUCACCUGGCCUAGGUUCUAAAAGUGCAUCACCAUCAGAUGGAAGGUUAUAUCCUUCUUACAUCCACACUACACCUGAAAGGAGAGCAAUGACAAAACAUGAGUGGGACAGUCUCACUAGACACAACAGAGAAGGCCUUGGAAGAACUUGCUUCUUCUCCUGA